AUGGAGGUGGGCUGUGCUGGAGGUCUGGAGGAGCUGUGCCCGGUGUGUGGGGACAGAGUGUCGGGGUACCACUACGGCCUGCUCACCUGUGAGAGCUGCAAGGGGUUCUUCAAAAGAACGGUUCAGAACAACAAGAGCUACGCCUGUGUGGAGAACCAGCGCUGCAGAGUUGAUAAAACUCAGAGGAGACGCUGUCCGUUCUGCAGGUUCCAGAAGUGCCUCUACGUCGGCAUGCGCCUCGAAGCUGUGCGCUCUGACCGGAUGCGGGGGGGCAGGAACAGGUUCGGGCCGCUCUACAAACGGGACCGGGCCAUGAAGCAGCAGAGGAGGGCCCUGAUCCAGGCCAGGUUCCCUCCCCUGACCCCCACCGCCCCCCAGGGAGGGCCUCCCUCAGCUGGGGGUUUCCCCUGCCCCCCCCCCUCUGACCGCAGCCCCCCGGCUGCAGGGCUCCUCCUGGACCCACACACUGAGCUGGUGCUGACAGUCCCCGGGGUGUCCCGGCUGGUCCUGGGGGGGGCCGCCCCCCCGCUGGAGAGGGGGGGCUUCAGCCGGAUGUUCUCCGGGGUGGAGCAGCUGCUGUGCGCCCUGGUGGGGUGGGCACGCACCUCCAUCUUCUUCAGGCAGCUGAAGGUGGGGGACCAGAUGAGGCUGCUGCAGGGCUGCUGGUGUGAGCUCCUGGUCCAGGACGUGGUCUCCAGACUGCUCCUGCAGGGCAGAGGGGGGGGCAGCCUGGACCUCCUCCCCGGGCCGGAGGUGGAGCUGUCUGACAUGGUCUCUCUGGCCGGGCCUGCUCUGGUCAGCCUGACACAGCGAGGGGCCGAGCUGCUGGACAGCCUCAGCUUUCUGGAGGUGGACCCCCAAGAGUUCACCUGCAUCAAACUGCUGAUCCUGUUCAACCCAGAUGUGAGGGAUCUUGAGGACCCCGGCUUUGUGGCUGGUGUCCAGCAGCAGGUUGCGGGGGUCCUGAGGGAGUCCCCCCUGAGGCCCGGCUCCCCUCAGGACCCGGGCCGGUUCCCCCGGCUGCUGCGGGGGCUGUCGGAGCUGCGGGGCGUCAGCCGGCAGGUGGAGGAGGUCCUCUGCUGCCGGCAGCUGAGGGGGGAGGUUCCCGGGAACAGCCUGCUCAGCGAGAUGCUGCAGGCAGGAGGAGCUGCCGGGGUCUAG